AGAAGACGCAGGGGAUCAUGUGGUACGACGACUGCCUCCUGCGGUACUCGAACCAGACCAUUUUCAACGUGGUGGACAGCGAAGGGAGAACCUUUUGCAGCGGGGAUAGCGUCUCGUCGGACACCGCCAAUAUAACUAUUACCGGAGCUGGGGCGGUCGUCGAAGCGGCGGUCGGCAAUGCGUCGUUGUUCGCUUCCGGCACUUAUACGUCACGUAACGCGAAUACGAGCUACGUGACGGCGCAGUGCACGAGAGAUCUCAGCAGGCACAAUUGCCAGAGAUGCUUGGGGGACGGGAUGAACAGGAUCAUGACGGAUAAUUGCACUCAGCGAAGAGGGUGGCAGUUCUUGUCCGGGAGCUGCAUGAUUAGAUACGAGGCGUAUCCUUUCUUUACCCAGACGGCUCCGACGACCACAAUCCCUCGUGGCGGGCCUGGCGGCGGCGGCGGUGGAAAUUCUUCGCCAGGAGGAGGAGGCAGGAGAUCAUCAAAUGUUAAAGUCAUUGCAAUUUUUCUUCCAAUUGUGGCAGUUUUGUUCCUUGGAAGCUGAGAAAAGAAAAAGGUGACCGAGUAAUCGAACCUCCAAAAAGAUGAAUCUAUAUGUUAU